AUGCAUAAAACCAGCAGUGUCGUUCUGUCGUCGCUACUUAUUGCGCACGCCCUGAGUCUCGAUCCAGCGCCACAGCUCAGAUAUAUGCGAAGAGGCAGUCCAUUCGCUAACACUACCAUCACCACCACGUCCACCACCACCGCCGCCGCCGCAACUACCCAAUCGAAUAGUGCAGCCUCGACCACCACGUUUCUUCUUCCCUCAGCCAGUGCAGCACCACGAAUUGCAGAGCCGUCUACAAGUGAGGAAUCACCGAUAGGGCUCGUACCAACAUUGAGUCUACCCAACCUUCCCCCAUUCCCCUUUCCAAAUGUGUCAACCACAGAACCGACAUGCGUUGGCUUCGCUACCUAUUACAACUCAGUGCCUCCUACUGUCUUCCUUACGGUUACCGAAGGCUAUGAUGUGACCGUCACAGCGGCCGAUGUAUCCGUGGCUGCAGCGGAGACUCUUAUCACCCCCUUACCUCCCUGUGAAAGUACCAUCAUGUCGGUUUUCGAAAACACAUUUCCCGAAGCUACACCCAUGGGCGGCCCCGAGGGCCUGACUGCGCAAAAGUCUUCCCAAAAUGGUCUUAAUCAACCCUUUGGGUCAAGAACUUUAGAUCUGCCCGCCUUUGCGACUUUCUAUCCACCAGCUGUCCCGUUUCCUUCAGCCGAUACCUCGACAGCGCCGUCCAACAAUGUGGCCACGCUCACCACCCCAGUAACCGCACCGUAUUCGAGCGUGCCCUAUACUAGCACUGUUAUUGUUACCAAGAAGACCCCCGUAACAGUGAUAGUCCCUCCAGCCACCUCGCCAGGUGUCAAUUUCCAAGACCCCCCGUCAACAGCUAAUGGUGCACAAAACACAAUCCCCUCCCCACCAAGGGUGCCCAGCGGUCCUGGUACAAGACCAAAUGGCAAUAACAACAUCGCCGCUCCUUCCACGACGAAGCCGCUUGUAACAUCCUCUGGUUUCUCAGGAGCAAUAGGCGAACCUCCUCGCACCAUCACCAUCAAUGGUAUCCCUAUCUUUGUGCUCCCAUCGACUGUUGUCAUUGGAGACCACAGCUUUGCUAUUCCUACUUCUGCGCGGACAUCCUUCCAGGUCAACGGUGUUGGAUUCGGCCUCGGUCCUUCAGAAAUCGCUGCCCCAGGCACAACCAUCACCUUCGCACUACCGCCGCAAGGUCAAAUAACAACUAUUACACCCCGUCCCACUUCUACCACUGUACCUGUGGGAGAUGGGCAGACUUUGAUUGUUGGGCAGACCGUCGCCGUCAUCGCCGGUACCACAUACAGAAUCGGCCAAGACGCGCCUGCAACCACGAUCACGGUCGAUGACACCACGAUCUCGGUGGGUUCCAACGGAGUGGCUCUGCCUAGAACAGUUGUUUCUCCCGUGGGCGCUACUGCUUCACGCUACGUGAUUUACACCGUCAAUGGCUUCACUUUUUCGGUCGACGACAACGAGGCAGUCCUCAGCAGUACCACUUACAGAAUCGGAUCCGAUGCCCCACAGACAACAACUGUGGUUAGUGGCGAGACUGUCUCAUUCGGACCGGACGGAAUAGGUCUGCAUUCAACUACCAUUGCUCCAACUGCUGUUCCCACGGCAGCAACUGGAGCACGGUCUACGGAUUCAGCAUCUGCCACGGGGAGUGCUACUGAAAAUGGUGCUGCUCUCACCAGCUUGAGGAUACCGAUCUCCGAAUUGCUUGGAUGGUAUUUAAUAGCGACAUGUGUGCUGUACAAUAUUCUCUUGUGA